AUGAACCUAUAAUUUAAGAGUUUGCUAAUCUUUAUUGAAAUAUAUUUGGACAAACUUUGUUUUAAGGGAAAAAUCAAGAAAGCUUAAAGGAAGUUGAAAUAUUACCAUUAACAUAAAAUCAAAGCUCUGAAUACAUAAGAUAAUAUUGUGAAAUGA